AUGCAUCAUUUGUGUGGGGAUCCUCUCUCUCUCUCUCUCACCCUCUCUCUCUCACCCUCUCUCUCUCACCCUCUCUCUCUCUCUCUCGCUCUCUCUCUCUCUGUAUGGAUUCCCUUUUUGAAUUUCUUUCUCAUUAACUUUUUCAUUCUUUCUCUUCUUUUUCUCUUCCAUCAUUUGUUUUCUAUUUUUCUGCUUUCUUCCUCUUUCUCUCUUUUUCUAUCUUUCAAUAUAUUCUUUCUUUCUCUUCUUUUAUACUUUCGUUUCUUUUCUUUUUCUUUCUUUUUCUUUUGUGUCUUAUUUUCCCGCUCUUUCUUCCUCUCUCUUUUUUAUCCUACUCUCCCUUUCUUUCUCUUCAACGUUUGUUCUUCCUUUUGCGUUUUCAUUCUUUUUUUUUACCUUUCCUUUUCUGCCUCGCGUCUUUUCUUUCUUACCCUUCGUCCUUUUUAUUCCAGUUUGUCUUAUAUUAUUUCUCUUCAUCAAAUUCUCCAGUUUUUCUUUCUUUAUUUGCUUCCUGCUUUUUUCCAUUUUUUUAAGUUUCUAAUUCAUCUUCAUACAUUUUUUUUCAGCUUUCUCCCUCUUUCUCUUUUUUAUAUUUCCAUAUAUUCUUUGUUUCUCUUCUACUUUCCUUUCUUUUUUGAUCUUAUAUUCCCUCUCCUCUUUCUCCUUUCUACCUCGCGUUUUUUUCUUCUUUUCUUUCUUUCUUUCUUUCUUUCUUUAUUUAUUUAUUUAUUUCUUCUUUUCUUUCUUUCUUUCCUUUCUUGCUUUUCUUUUCCUUCCUUCUUUCUUUCUCUCUUUUCUUUUCUUUCUUUCUUUUCUUUUCUUUCUUUCUUUCUUUUCUUUUCUUUCUUUCUUUUCUUUUCUUUCUUUCUUUCUUUCUUUCUUCCUUUUUUCUUUUCUUUCUUUCUUUCUUUUCUUUUCUUUCUUCUUUUCUUUCUUUCUUUCUUUUCUUUCUUUCUUUCUUUCUUUCUUUUCUUUUCUUUCUUCUUUUCUUUCUUUCUUUCUUUCUUUCUUUCUUUCUUUCCUUUCUUGCUUUUCUUUUCCUUCCUUCUUUCUUUCUUUUCUUUCUUCCUUUCUUUCUUUCUUUCUUUCUUUCUUUUCUUUUCUUUCUUUCUUUCUUUCUUUUUCUUUUCUUUCUUUCUUUCUUCUUUCUUUUCUUUUCCUUCUUUCUUUCUUUCUUUCUUUUCUUUUCCUUCUUUCUUUCUUUCUUUCUUUCUUUCUUUCUUUCUUUCUUUUUAUACCAGUUACUUAUUUGUCUUCUAUUAUUCCAACCAUAAUCUUACUCAUAUUGGUUAUUGUCUUUGUUUCCUGACAGACGAUACUUUAAUAUUUUUAUCUGGAACAAAACAUGGCAAAACAAGGCACAAAGAAAUUUGA